UUGUUCGACCGUAAUAGUGAUUGAUACCAAGUUGAAUUCUGGUCUAUUGGUAAAAAAUUAUCAGUGCGGUAUAAAAAUAACUGAAAACUGCUUAUAUUAGUUUUUGUUGAGCUUUGGUCGUAAUGCUGUGACGGUGGAUCGUUUUCCGAAAGGCUUGUUCUCGGCUUCCAACCGAAAGAGCUCCCGAGUGCGGUUUAAAUGUUGGCAAGCAAUGAUGAAACUGCACUGUUUGGAACGGACUUGGAUGGUUUUUAAAUGGAGUUUCUUUUGGGCCGGAAUGUAUUAGAUGGAUAGCACAAGAGGGCUUCGGCGGCAAGUCACAGCAUGCAUUAUAGCUAACCAAGGGUUAUUUCUGAUCGGCAUAAAUUUAGGCUGGUCGUCGGCCGUGAACGAGCAUCUGCUGUCCGGAGUCCUGGGCUACAAGUACACGCAGGACCAACUCUCAUGGGCUGUCUCGCUCCUCGACCUGGGCACGGUGUUCGCUCCCCUGCCCACGGGCUAUCUCAUGAACAAGAUAGGGCGAAAAUUCACUUUUUUACUCAUCGCCUCGCUCUUCACCCUCUCGUGGUGCCUUAAAGUUAUCUCAGUUCAACCUGGUUUCCUUUAUGCGGCGCAGAUUUUGGCUGGAGUAGCUAGAGGUGUAGGUCUCACUGUUACCCCGAUGUACAGCGGCGAAAUUGCCGAGACGGGCCUUCACGGCAUGCUCAGCACAAUCUUCAAGCUCAUGUUCUACUCCGGGAUGCUUCUCAUGAUAAUCGUGGCGCCCUACAUGAACUACACGACCAUCAGCUACAUGGGACUCACCUUCUCGCUCCUCUUCUUCUUCUCCCUUUUCUACAUCCCCGACACCCCGUACUACUAUUGCGCCGUCAAAAAGGAGAGAGAGGCCUUCCAGUCGCUCAAAUGGCUGCGGAACCAGGACAAAACCGAAAACGCGUCCGUCCUCAACAAGGAACUCGCCAUGAUCAAAGUCGCCAUUGAGAAGGUCAUGGGCGAAGACAGCGGGUUCCGCGGCCUCAUAAUGAAGCCCUCGAACCGCCGAGCUUUAUUCAUCGUCCUGGGACUCUUCAUCCUCCAGCGGAUGAUCGGGCUGAACACGAUCAUCGGCUACGGCUCCAUCACCCUCCCCAAGGGCCACCCGUUCAUCACCCCCCAAACCGGGAUGAUCUCCUUCGUGGUGGCCCUCUUCAUCUCCAGCGCCCUCAUCGCCCUCUUCAUCGACCGCAUCGGGACGAAGCCCUUACUCAUAUCCUCCUCCAUCGGCUGCGGGUUCUGCACCUCCGUCAUCGCCGUGUACUACUGGUGCGACAGGACGAACGGCAAAGCCGCCGUCGCCGGGUUCUUCUGGGUCCCGUAUUUGUUCUUCGUCCUGGAGGCCUUCGUCUUCAGUAUAGGUGUCGGCGUCGUGCCGACCGUGUAUCUGUCCCAGUUGUUCCCGAUUAAUGUCGUUGGGCAGGCGUCGGCAGCGUCGGUAAUAGUGGCGUCGUUUGUGACGUUCGUGAUCAACAAGGCGUAUUUCUACGUCGGCGUCCAGUUCGGCAUCUUCAUGAUGUACGUGUUCUUCUCGAUGAGCGCUUUCGGCUGCGCCGCCUUCACGCACUUCUUCGCCAUCGAGACCAGGAAGAAGAGGGAUGCGGAGAUCGUCCCGGUUGGGUCGGUGAUCGAAACCGCGAGUGCCAGGAAAUAGAAUGGGGCUUUGCCAGAGACAGUAUUUGUUAGAGCACUGGAAAAAAAAGCACUUUGGAUCUAGAGUCCAGACUCUU